GUGGGUUCCACGCGGUAAUGUAGCCGGUCUGCGGGCAUCACGGUAACACGUUAACAGCUAUUUGGAGUUAUUCCCCACAUCACUCAGACCUGCGCACAUCACACUUGAUUUCAGGACACCUUCUCUUUGUCUAGUGACCCCAAAGCGGCUCAUUCAUUUACCUCACGCAAUGUUUUUGGUCACUGCUUUGAUUUUCUCCUGCGUGUUUUCUGUGGCCAGAUGCUGCUCAGAAUUUGACCAUCGGACAGUUCUAUUCACUUCUAAAGAGAACGUUUUAUCCUCGAAAACGAUUGUCUUAGUCGAGGGUGAAGCCAAGUGCCGUACAAAGGAUAGUAAUGAACUGUACGCCGAAUUGAACGGCAUUUUGACACCAGUUGGCAGAGAUCCCGCGACUGGGAACUUUCAGGUCACUUUCGUUUUUGAACACAAGGAUUUGCCUCCCGGUGAAUACAGUGUUCGAUUUUUCAACGAAGACAGUGCUACGUCAUAUCGACGUCUGAGGUUUAGUGAUGAGAAAAACUCAGUCCAUCCGGUUUUCUCCGUUCCGUUCCGGCAUAAGGGCAUCUCAACAACUCCCUGGGUCCAUUCAGAAACCACUGCACUUCUCGGUAUAUCAACACUGACUUUAGCGGCGUUCAUCACCCGUAAAAACCAUUUUUGACCCAAUUUAUUCAGUGACUUAUAUUGCGUUUCCUCUUCACUCCGAUCUUUCUUUUCGCCUUUUUCAAGCUUCCCUUUUUCUGAAUGCCAAGUGUCCUCUGUUGUGAUGUAUUUUCUUGUUUCUUGCCAAUCCUUUGCCAUGUUUCUGUGACAAAUGUAGUUAAUAAAUCCCCGUAUUUUCGGAUGAUACUAGAAUCAGAUCUACUUGUUACAUUCACAAAUGGAUAUCAGUAACACCC